AUGGACAGUGGAAGUUGUAUGAAUGUAGUAUCUCAGGCCUUUGUCAUUGACGGAAAGCUUAAGACUAAAUCCCAUUCACAGCCAUACAAGGUAUCUUUUCUAGACAACAACACCAUGGUUGUAACUCAACGGUGUUCAGUCCCAUUGAAGGUCUCAGAUUAUGAAGAAAGUGUAUGGUGUGAUGUCAUCCCCAUGGUCCUCACUAAUGUACUACUUGGAAGGCCUUGGUUAUAUGACAACAAUGUGCUAGUGGGAGGUACUAAGAACCAAUGCAUCUUCGAUCACGAAGGCAAACCAUUCAUUCUAAACCCACUCAACAUACCUCAAGUAAAAGACAAGUUAAGGGCUGCCCAACUAAGGAGACAACAUGUCUUAAAGAAUGUUGCUAAGACCUCUGCCAAAACAACCACUGAGCAAAAGAAGCAACUAUGCAAAGAAAAUUUCAGCAAGAAGAACACUGUGGACAACAAGCUAUGCAUGCUGCCCCAUAGAGAAUUCCUGACCAUUAGUGAAGAAACCGGCCUAAUCAUAGCUCUUGUUACCAAGGCUGCUGAACCAGUGAUAGAGGUAAAACAUCCCCCACAAAUCAAACAAUUACUUACUGAUUUUUCAGGUUUGGUGCCAGAGGAAUUGCCUGAUAAACUACCACCAAUGAGGGAUAUUCAGCAUGCCAUUAACCUUGUGCCUGGGUCAGUACUCCCUAAUCUGCCCACUUACCGUCUCAGUCCUACAGAGCAUGCCAAGCUCAAGAGACAAGUGGAUUUAUUAAAGAAAGGGUUCUUGGUUGAGAGCAUGAGUCCAUAUGCAGUACCAGCCCUAUUGACACCAAAGAACGAAUCAUGGCGUAUGUGCAUUGACAGCCGGGCAAUUAACAAAAUCACGGUAAAGUACAGAUUUCCUAUUCCUCGUUUGGAUGAUAUGAUUAGCAUGUUGACAGGAGUCUCCAUCUUUUCAAAGAUUGAUCUAUGGAGUGGCUACCAUCAAAUUCGAAUCCGUCCAGGGCAUGAAUGGAAAACAGCCUUCAAAACAAAAGAUGGCUUGUAUGAGUGGAAAGUUAUGCCCUUUGGCCUCACCAAUGCACCUAGCACUUUCAUGAGGGUGAUGACACAUGUACUACUACCCUUCAUCGGCAAAUUUCUCGUAGUGUACUUUGAUGAUAUACUAAUAUACAGCAAAGCACAAAAUAAACACUUGGAGCAUCUGAGACGUGUCAUGAGAGUACUACGGGCAGAAAAGUUGUACAUCAACUUGAAGAAAUGUUCUUUUAUACUGCCCAAGGUCAUCUUCCUUGGUUUUAUUGUGUCUUCACAAGGCAUAGAAGUUGAUCUGGAGAAGAGAUGCUGCACUUGUCAACUUGCCAAAGGAGAAAAGAAGAAUACAGGAUUGUACACACUGCUGUCCGUUCCACAUGCACCUUGGCAAGAGAUAAGCAUGGACUUUGUCCUAAGCUUACCACCUACACGGGAAAGUUCUGUCAACCGCACCACAGGUCGUACACCAUUUGAGAUUGUCCUUAGACUGCAACCUCAGCGACCAGUUGACUUGGUACCUUUGCCACCUCAGGCCCGUAUUAGUGUGGAAGCCGAUGAGUUCCUUAAACACAUCACGGAGGUACAUACUGAUGUUUGUCGUCGCAUCGCUGUUAGCAAUGAAGGAUACCAAGCAACUGCCAAUCGACAUCGUCGCUACGUGGAAUUUCAGCCUGGUGAUAUGGUAAUGGUUCGAAUUCCACCUGAGAGGUUUCCUCCUGCUGAUUUGACGAUAAUUUGGGACACCAUUUUGAUGACGGUAACACUGAACACACCCUCAAACUUCCUCAACUUGCAAACCCUAAAGAUGAUGUCAUCGAAGAUGUUCUCGACAACAAGUUCACCACAGUUCAUGGGGGCAAAGGGUACUACUCCUUCCUCAUCAAAUGGAAAGGUCGACCAUGGGAGGAUUAUACUUGGAUCCAUGCCGAUGACUUUCAACGCCUUGACACGGACCUCUAUGAGCACUACACGUCCCUUACCCAUUCAUCGGAGUUGA